AUGUGGAAACAGAUUCAAGCGCGUUUCGGCUUAAUAGCAUUCCUCUUCUCGGCUGUACAGGCGGUUACAGAUUCGAUCGGGAACAACCUACCAAUAUUUUCACCAUUGCGGCCACCGGCAGUGCCUUUGGCGGUCAAGAGCCCCUACACGAGCGCAUGGUCGUCGACUGGAGGCAGUCUGAAUAGCGCCAGCCCUGUAUUUUGGACCAGCACUCCUAUCGGCUGGGAAGGGAUCAUAACUGUUGACGGCACCUCCUACGAGUAUCUCGGCAAUGGGUUCCAGGCUCUCCCCAAGCUGCCAAAGUACCGCCUUGCAUUGCCUCAAACUGUCACCUACGACUCGCAAUACUCCAACUUCACCUUCAUAGCUGGCCCAAUAACCAUCUGUGCCAGCUUCUUCUCACCCGUCAUCCCCCAAGAUACCUGCCGAAGCUCGAUGCCCCUGAGUUAUCUGACCACCACAGUCAACUCGAACGACAACCAGACCCACGAUGUUCAGUUCUACUCUAACAUCAACGCUGCGUGGCUUGGGGCUGGAGGGAAUGGCGAGUUCACGUGGGAUCUUUUAAAAAACGGGGCGCCAAUGAACAGAACGGAGAUUAUUGACCAAAAAGACAACGCUUCUCUCUACAGCUGGAUCUACGAGCCCUCCACGCAGGUCAAACUCGGCGAAUCAACGGACUUUCCCCAGUGGGGAAACUUCACCUACACCACCAAGAGCAUGGGAGCCAGCAACUUCUCAUGUGAAAGCGGCUACUCCCUGGAUCUCCACUACAAGUCUCUGGACGGAAAAGGCCUUAAGAAUAAUAAUGACAUUGCGUAUCGGGGUUCGGGCACGCGCGAGGCCAUCUUUGCUUUCACGCAUGACUUUUACAAUGUGUCAGAGGCCCAAGUUCGGUACACCAUAGGCUCAAUCCAGGAUCCCGUCAUGAAAUAUAUGUACCGCGGCGGAACCGCUAAUCUACGUCCUUGGUGGUCAAAGUGCUAUGGCGACAUCUUUGCCAUGAUCGCCUAUCAUUGGGAUGACUACGACGCUGUCCGAGCAGCAGCGUGCGAUUUUGAGACGCAGCUCAGGCAGGAUACAUAUAGAUUCUUCGAGAAUAAUACAGUCAUCCAACAUGGGCUGAAUUCAUCCUCAUUUUAUUCCAAUGGGCCGGCGACUGGUGGGCCUGAUGAACCACUGGUGUUCCAAAAGGAGAUUUCGAGUGAUGGUAAUAUCAAUACAGUGGAUGUCUUGUAUCCAACAACGCCGUUCUUCCUGUAUGCCAACCCUGAGCUACUCAAGUACACAUUGCAGCCCCUGUAUGAGUUCCAAGAGGCAGGAUUCUACCCACAUGGUUACUCGAUGCACGACCUUGGCUCGGCAUUUCCAAAUGCAACUGGACAUAUUGCGGGAGACGAUGAAUACAUGCCAGUGGAGGAAAGCGGCAAUUUCAUUCUCAUGAGCUAUGCGUACUACAAAUUCAGCAACAACGUCGCCUGGCUGCAGAGCCACUACACCUUGCUGAAGAAAUUCGCCCAAUACCUUAUCGAAUUCUCGCUAGUGCCCGCCGCACAACUUAGUACGGAUGAUUUCUCCGGAAGGCUAACCAACCAGACGAACCUGGCCAUAAAAGGUAUCGUGGCACUACAAGCCAUGAAUGCCAUUGCCCGCGUUGCCGAAAACGCCGACGAUGCUGCUUACUUCUCCAGUACUGCACAAUCUUACUACAGUCAGUGGGAAACUAUGGCUGUUGACCCCUCAAGCCGCCACACUAUCCUCGCCUACCAGUGGCGAUCCAGCUGGGGUCUGCUCUACAACAUUUACUUCGACAAGCUGCUCAACCUGGGCAUUGUCAACCAGUCCAUCUACACCAUGCAAUCAGACUGGUACGCGUCCGUCUCGCAGGUUUUUGGCGUGCCCCUUGAUAGCCGACAUCAUUACACAAAGUCGGACUGGCAGAUUUGGGCUGCGGCCACGUGCAACACAAGCACGAGGGCGUUGAUGGUGAAUGCGGUAGCGUACUGGCUAAACCAUACGUCGAGCGGGCUGCCAUUCACGGAUCUGUAUGAGGUUAUUGAUAUGGGUGGCUCGCCGGAGGUGCCGGAUCACAUUAGUUUCAAAGCUAGGCCGGUUGUGGGAGGGCAUUAUGCGUUGCUUGCUUUGGGGAGGAGUGGGCAGGGGUCUAGUGCGCAGGCCGGGGAUACAACGGGGUCCCUUUUCCCCAAGAAUGGGACUGGGGCAUUGAAUUCUAAGACAAAGAUAACCGGUUUUGAGCGCAGGAUGGUUUAACUGAAGAUGUUAUCGGAACGGGGGUUUGGUUGCUUUACUCUCCGGUUGGAACGGAUGGAUUCAAGCUUAUAUGAG